UGUGUGUAUAUGCAUGCGAUCUGUACACACACGUCGCCGUACAUCAGUGCUACCCUCGCCCUUUAAAAUCUUGAUUGGAUCACACGAAAAUCAAUACAAUAGUGCUGUGAAAGACUAAAGCUAUCUUGUCAAUUUGCUCAAUUUCUUCAGAAUUUAUUAUGGCGCCAAGCCCUACAUUGCCAGAUGAUAUGUCGGAUUCAGUGGCCUUCUGUAUGAACGAUCUGCCAGCAGACGGUUACAUGGCAAUGGAAAGCAUACGGCGCCAAGGGAAACUCUGCGACGUUACAUUGAAGGUUGAUGACCACAAAUUUUCAGCACAUCGCAUUGUGUUGGCAGCCUCUAUACCGUACUUCCAUGCAAUGUUUACCACAGACAUGGUGGAAAGCAAACAAGAAGAAAUAACAAUGUCUGGUAUUGAUCCAAGUGCCUUGGAAGUCCUAGUCAACUUUUCAUACAGCGGUCGUGUCAUCAUUAAUACCCAGAAUGUCCUCUCUAUUCUUGCGUGUGCUAACUUUCUUCAACUCCAAGUUAUCAAAGAGGCUUGCUGCAGCUUCCUCAAAGAUCGCUUGGAUCCUUCAAACUGCCUUGGUAUACGUCGCUUUGCGGACACCAUGGUGUGUGGGGAUCUGUUCCAAGCUUCCACUAGCUUCCUUCAUAAGCAGUUUGUAGACGUUUCAUCCUCAGACGAGUUCAUGAUGCUUAGCAAGGUUGAGUUUAUUGAGAUCCUAGAGAUGGAUGAACUCAAUGUCACAGGGGAGGAACAGGUGUUUGAUGCUUUUAUAGGAUGGGUCAAACAUGAUGAGCAAGUAAGACAGGAAGAUAUGCCAGAACUCUUUGGUCUAGUAAGACUACCUCUGAUUAGGCCUCAGGUUCUAACGGACCAUAUAUCAACGGAAGAGAGGGUCAAAGCUUGCCAUAAAUGCAGGGACCUAGUAGAUGAAGCUAAAGACUACCAUCUAAUGCCUGAGAGACGUUCCAUGCUGCAAAGUAAACGCACCAAACCAAGAUGCUGCAAUGAUAUAUCAGGUCUCAUCUAUGCAGUAGGAGGAUUGACACGCUCAGGUGAAUCGUUGAAUGCAGUAGAGGUCUAUGAACCUGUCACUGAGAAGUGGAGUAUAACCAAGCCAAUGACGACCAGACGUAGCAGGGUUGGUGUAACAGUAUUAUCAGGACGUCUGUAUGCCGUAGGAGGUUAUGAUGGCCAGUCUAGACUGAAUACAGUAGAAGUCUUUGAUCCUAGUAGCUAUGAAUGGUGGGAUGUAGCACCAAUGAAUCACAGGAGAAGUGCCCUUGGAGUAGCUGCAUUAGAUGGACGUGUCUAUGCCUGUGGAGGUUAUGAUGGGAUAUCUUCUCUUAGCUCUGUGGAAUGUUAUGACCCAGAAACAAACAAGUGGUAUGUUGUUGCUGACAUGACUAAGUCUAGGAGUGCUGCAGGUGUAGCUGUACUCAGUGGGGAGAUCUUUGCUGCAGGGGGGCAUGAUGGUCUGCAAAUAUUUAGCACGGUGGAAUGCUUCAAUCGAUUCACUGGUCGCUGGACAGUGGUUCAACCUAUGCAAAGUAAACGAUGUCGUCUUGGUGUCACAUCUUUCAAUGGUAAACUCUACAUCUGUGGAGGUUACGACGGCUCCAAGUUUCUCAACACCGUAGAAGUCUAUGAUCCAGUGGCCAACACAUGGACCUACGCAGCACCUAUGAACUCUAGAAGGAGUCGUGUAGCUCUCGUUGCCAACAGAGGGCGCCUGUAUGCUGUGGGAGGUUAUGAUGGACUCACCAAUCUCAACACAGUAGAGAUGUAUAAUCCACAGGAAGAUGAAUGGACUUUUGUUUCACCGAUGCAAUCCCAUGAGGGAGGGGUGGGUGUUGGAGUUAUACCUCUCUCUGUCUGAUUGUGCCACCAACAUCAAGAUCAUUGUCAUUUCUGUCUGGCUUCCCAGAGAGCUCUUUAAUGGAAGGCAUUUACAUGUAAGUGUACCAACUCUGUGGUUGGAUACAGACAUUGGUCACCCAUAUAGUUCAGGAUUCACAACAGAGGUUUACUCUUAGGUCAUGGUUGAAAUGCCAAUGAAACAUUUUGUAUGUGUGACCCUAUGUCCAAUGAAGGUGCAAUAUACACUAAACGAUGUUGAUGUCAGUCCACAGUGAAGUUGUAAACUGUGAUUUUAAACCAUAGGUUUGACCGUGGUGCACAAUCUCCUUCAUGAAUUUGGGCUGUAGUGUACAUGUUUGAAUACAGUACAUGUAGGUCAGGAUAUACACUUGCAUCAUUAGGUUAAAAUCAUUCCGUUUUGAAUUUUAACUUGAGACCAAUCCUAAUGAACCGUUAGGGUAGAGUACUAUUUUGUCUAAGACCUUCCAGAAUCAUCUGAAAAGUAAUUUGUCUCUACCGGUACGUCAUCUCUGUAACAGAGAGAUAGGAGUUUGUAUGUUUGUAAUCGAUUAGGGGACUUGUACCCAAUCUAGAUCAAUCAUAACUCUUUGUAAGACAGGCCCCUGAUUUUGAUUGAUAAACAUUGUCAUUGUACUAGUAUCAGAGCAUGAAGAGAGUUUGACCAUCUAAAUGUACUACUAUCAGAGCCUAAAGAGAGUUUGACCAUCUAAAUGUACUACUAUCAGAGCCUGAAGAGAGUUUGACCAUCUAAAUGUACUACUAUCUGUUACAGAACAAGAUAAGACAAGGUUUAUAAUCCAUAUAGAUAUUAUGUCAUAAACCACAAAUUUGAAGUUCAUUAUGACUUUAAUAUGGCCAUGUCAUUGCAUCUAAAGUUGCUAUAUAAAAGACCAACUUUAAAAUAUAUACCUGUACUUUAAAAAUUCCAUUUUCUUACAUUUAUUUUGUAGUCACAGCGCUAAACCCACUCCAAAUAGACAGGUAUUUGGCCAUUUGGGUCAAUGUACCGGUAAAUGGAAUUGAAUGUUUGAUCUGAUGUCGGUGUGAUGUCAGUUUCUUUAGUAUUACGGGGGCAUUAGACCAGACCAAUUUGAAUGAAAUCCAAUGAUACACUUUGUUUUGUCUGAUCUAAGCAGUUGUGUAUGAUCAUUAAAUUAUCACAACACUCAUUUACAAGGAGGGACUGGCAAGGGAUGAAAUUUGAUAUUUUUGUUUGUCUGUCCUUAAAUUUUGUGAUUCAGUUGAGAUUUAGUUUGAACAUUCUUUGAAGAAUUUGAAGCAAUAAUUUUUCAGAGUGUUAUUUUUUCAGUAUUUAUUAAUGAUUCAGAGUGUCCUCAUGAUGAUGUGUGUUUAGAUUGAUAAUCUUAGAAUCUCUCUCUUCCCUUCGCCAGUUUCCCUUCUUAUCAAAAUCCUUUUGAUCAAAUGGUGGUCUGUGGAAACCAUGAAGAUUUAUUUGUUUCUUAGCUGUGCAAUAUAUUUUAUGACUCUUCCAGUAUUCAGUUUCAUGGAUCUUGGUUUCUCAGUUUUGAAGAAAUUUUGAAACGGAAAAACUACUUCAGAACACACCAAUGUAAAUACGAGUAAGAUGUACAUGACAGGCAAAUGGAUAUUUUAUUGUAGAAUUCAUUAGAAAUUUACACAUUUUCACAUGAUGUUAAACAAUAAAGGCUUCAUUCACAAAAUCAAAAUAUGAGCCUUUUGAUAUUUAGGUGGCAUGUGAUAAGAGUGCCAUUAUGAAGAUAAUGGAGGAAUUUCACCUGGAUGAUUUGGUUGUACAGUACAUACGUUGUGUACAGUGGACCAGUAGGGCGAAACUUGGUAUCCAUUAGAGCAUUUCUUGUAGAUCACUUUUAGAAAAGUGCUCUUGCUCAACUAUUUGAAUAGGAUAGAGUUUGAUGAUGAGACCAACAGCUGUCACUUUCGUGGUUGCUUACCUAUGAGCACGCCCUCUGUUGGUAGCUAGAAUGCCAAUAACUCACAUACUUUAUUUAAACAUGGAUACAAUGCCCUUCUGGCUCUCUUCUGGAUCUCAGCAUAGGAUAUAUAUAUAUAUACAUGUACUUCUUGUUCUUAGUAUCUGAGCUCCAAUCAGUGAGUUCUUGAUCAUGUAUUGUGAUAAAGUCCUUUUAAAAGAUGUGCUUUUGAAAUGUAGCAAGAAAUCAUAUUAUGGACAAUUUGAAGUGACCAAAAAAAAACAUGAAUUUGAUGUGUGUGGUGAAUAAUGGUAAGAGGAUCUUAGUCAUAUAUUUUCAAGUUUUCUUGUUUAGAUAAAUUUCAAAAACCUUUUAUUUUUGUAUUUUGCGGAUAUAUAUUUAAAUGAAAUUGAAUGGUGCUUUUUACUGGAAUAAGGUUGGUGCAUGUGUGUGUGUGUGUGUGUGUGUGUGUUUUUAAAUUUCAUUAUGAUGUUCACUUUAUAGCUUUAAAUCUUGUACUAGUUGCCAGUGAAAUUAAUGAAAAUAUCUUAGAUAUAAAACAUUGUUUUCUUAGCUUUAAAACUGUGAAAGCAACUAAAAGCUACGGUAAGUUUUAAUUCAUGCAUGUUUACCUGUCAUUUUUAAACCAUGCAAAUGAUUCAUGCCUUGUAGAAUGAAAGUUUUAGAAACACAUAAUUGGCAUAUAAAAAUAAGAAGUUCGUUACUAGUCAUGGAGUUUAUCCUUCUUCUCAGACAAGAAGAAUGAGAUAGAGCGGUCAUUUCCAUGCACAGAUCAGAUUCACACUGAUAAUCAGCUCAAAAAGGAAUGCUUUUAAUCUGUGUUAUAAUUGGCAACCAAACUUUUUUUUAUUGGUACCUUUACAUUGUCAUGGCGGUUCACAUCUAUAAUUCAGUUUCUAAGGCAGGGGGUUUUAAAGACCUAAUUGAUUUGCAGUCAAUUCUUUUGCAUUCUUUCUCUUCAUUCCAAAUUUCUUCAGAAUGAUAUUCAACCCUGCCCCCAUCUACAUCUUAAUUUUACCUGUAUAUAUCUUUUGUCAAUAAAUUUUCUUAACCCAAGACAGAAUUUUAUCAUUACUGGUAUCAGAUAUGAGCUAGACAUUAUUCCAUUGUACAUGUAGAUUUAAAUCUUGAUAAAAAAUUCAUAGUAAACAUUGCAGUGAGGGAUGCUCUUUUAAUUGUCAAAUGAAAUAUUUCAUUCUGCUUGUAUCAUUCUGUGAUGUGCAAUUUUUAUCAUAACCAGUACAAAAGAAAGAUGUAUGGGCAAAGUUUCAUGAAACCGUCAUAAGUUCAACAUGGCGACAUCCCAUUGAAAUACAUGUUAGAUGUACUCAUUUGUACUUACGACAGUUUUGUGAAACCGUGCCCCUGUGUCUAAAAUAUCAGUAUUUGAUAUACUCAAUGUAUAAGAAGCACAAACGUAGUAGUAUAAGACGUUUUCUUGUUAGUUUAUUCAACGGAGUGAAGAAAAUAUUCAGGCUAUAGUAUUAUUGUGAUGUUCGCAGUGCAAGUUUUACAUGCAGAUAGGGGAGGACAAUAAUAUAUACGGUAUAUACAUGUAUCACAUAUAAUUGUUCAUUGAUUUGAAAUCCAGACCUCACAGUUCCAUAUUGCAUCUCUUUUACCCCGUUACACAUUACCGGAUAGUGUUAAUGGACGUCUAAUGGAUAGAAACUCUGCAAAAAAUCAGCAAGUAGACCCUACAGGACAAUUACCCUCAAUAUACUUGCCCAACCUUAUGAAUAGCGGACAAGAACGGGGCAAAAUGAAAUAGGACCGUAAUUUAUGGUAUUUAUUACUCUCUGGCUCCAGUUCUCCUAUUCUGUCUUGAAUCUAAACUGAUUUAAUUACACAUUUCUCACAUUUUUACUGUAUCAUUUAGUUUGUUAAAUAUCCUUGAAAACAAACAGACUUGUAGUCUGUGUUUGCACUUGAAAUACCAAACUAGUUGAAUAAUCUGUAGCUAAUUAAUGGUACUAUUUUUGUAAUAUUUAAUAUUAGACAAUGCCAUGGCAAGAAACCACCUAUGAUGUACAUAUAUUGUAUUCCACCCUCUUGUUCUACUAAGCAUAAAAAAGUAGAAUAAAUUCAUACUCUAACAAGUUAUGAGAUUGGUAAAGAAGUUCAUUCCCUUUAGAAAGUCAAUUAGAGACAUGAAUUUUUCUGUAACUUUGGUUGUCGGUUGAGUAAGUAUGAUGUGGCAAGUGUCUGAUUGAUCUUUUAAGAUGCAACAAAUUUUGAAUUCUCUUGUAAUUAUGUCUUAUGUGAAAGCAAGAUUUGAUUUUGCAAUAAAUUAUUUCCGAAAUGAA